AUGGAUUUGAGUAAUUUCAAAGUAAAAUCCAUUUGCGAAUGUGAUGUUCUAGAUCAAUUAGCUAUACCACACCAAGUAUCUGUUUCUAUCUGGAAUCUUGACGAAGAUGACGAAAUAAUUAAUCAAACUUUCUUAAAAAUAAGGGAACAUAUUUUAUCCCAAGCCAUAAAUAUCGAUUUUGUAGUUAGGUGCAUCGAAAAAGCAGCUUUAUAUCGUAGGAAAAAUAUAAUUUCUUUCAGCAAAUUAUUUAAUUUAUUAAAAAAUGAAUUCGAAUUCGAUAUUCAAUUAGAUAACUAUGAAAUAUUCAUCCUUUCCACAACAAAAUCUCCUAAGACUAUUCAAAACAUACUUGACAUUGUUCCAAGAAAUUCCCCUUUUUAUUUUGUCAAGUAUUUAUCUGAUAAUUUGAUAUCAAAUUUGAAUAAGUUGAUCUCAAAGUUUGAUACCUCUCUAAUAGAGUUAGCAGCACAAUAUGGAAAUGAAGAAAUAUUCAGAUUCCUAAAGUUGAAUGAUUGUUCGUAUGAUGAUAAAAUUUGCGAGUUUGCAAUUAUUGGAGCAAAUUUUGAAAUAAUUGAAGCUUUGAGAAACGAAGAUAGGAACUUUGGUGACUACAUUUCAACAGCAAUUUCAUGUAAUAGAAACAAUGUUGCAGAUUGGAUUAUAGAGAACUAUGAUUUUGAAGAAAUACCAAUUGCUUUAUGCUUAAACUAUAUGAAUUUUCAAGCAAUGACAUAUUGUAUCAUGAAUGGCUUUGAUAUAAAUAUAGAAAAAUUUCAUUCAGAAGAGUUCAUUAAUUUUACAUCAAACAGUCUUUUAUUUGAUUUAUGA